AUGGAGGUGAUGCAGCUCAACCUCAACCAUUGCGAGGUGGCUCAGCAGGUGUUGUGGCAAACGCUGGUGAAAGAGAAUGUGGAUGUGGCGCUGCUAUCGGAGCCGUACCAGGUGCCCGUUGAUGAUCUUAGCUGGGUCGUGGACAAGACGGGAAAGGCAGCAAUCCUAGCCGGGGGUAGGUACCCUAUCCAGAGUGUCGACUGCAGUGAGCACGAGGGGUUUGUCGUAGCCACGGUUAACUCGGUCGUUUGCUGCAGUGUUUAUGCUCCCCCUAGCUGGCCUGUCGUGAAAUUCGAGGAGUUCCUGGACAAGCUAUCGAUAGAGUUAGUCGGGAGGGGAUCAGUAGUGGUUGGAGGCGACUUCAAUGCUUGGUCGGUGGAGUGGGGCAGUAAGACCACCAACCAGCGAGGAUCAAGUGUUGCAGAGUGCUUCGCGACGCUGGACCUCCAGUUGCUCAACGAUGGUGGAGCAAGUACUUUCCGGAGAAAUGACAGGUCAUCUAUAGUGGACGAGACCUUCUGCAGUCAACGGCUGGCGCCAGGAGCAGAUUGGAGAGUGCUAGAGGACGAUACCCUCAGUGACCACCAAGCCAUUCACUUUUCGGUGGGACAUACUCGUGGUCCAUCAGAAAGCGGAUAUGGGGUCACGAGAGGAUGGAGGACGCAGUGCUUCCACUCGGACACGUUUCUGGCGGAUCUAAGCCUCGGGGGCUUUGGCAUCGCACUAACCAGUGCCGCUAAACUGGUGGACGUCCUAUCGGACGCGUGUGAUGCAACAAUGCCGAGGAGGAGGCCACCCAGCUCGAAACGUCGGCCGAAGUACUGGUGGAACCAAGUUAUCAAGGAGCUAAGGACGGCGUGCACCACGGCCCGUAGGAAGCAGCUGAGAGCCCGCUCCGAAGUGCGUCGGGAGGAGCUGAAGCUGGUGUACCAAGCUGCCAGAUCGGCCCUGAAAAGGGAGAUCAAAGCCAGCAAAAGGCGGUGCUUCCUCGACCUCUGUCGCGAAGCCGAGAGAAAUGUGUGGGGCAACGCGUACAGGAUCGUUAUGGAUAAACUGAAGGGCCAGCACCCGCCGGAAAGUUGCCCAAUCAGACUUCGUGCCAUCAUAGAGGAGCUGUUUCCGCAGCACGAUCUCACGACCCGUGUCCUAUCGUCGUCACCAGCUGAGGAGCUGUCUGCGGGUGCUUGGGGAGGACGCAGCCGAAGUGGAGAUCCUUGCGGCCGAGGCCUGUAG